UUUGACACAAAAAUGCUGCUCCUAGGCCCAUUGUUGUUUUUUACAAAUUCUACAAAACUUGGUUUAGAAGAGAGAGCCGAUGAUAACACAUAAUCCACUCGCGGCAAAACACAGCACGACCGCCUGUGUUCUGCUUUGUUUAGGGACUGCGCCGGACUGCUCGGUCGGCGCGCUCCACUGACCCAGCGCGCUUGCUCACCGCACUCCGCAUCGCACCCGCAACAGCACAGCAGGCGGCAGUCCGACCCGACCCAGCGGCGAGACAGACGCACACAGGACAGUUACUCCGGUCGGUCGGUCAUUUUUGAGGUCGGGGAGACAUGGCGAACGUGACCCAGGCGGAACCCGCUGCUCAGGCGUGCAGUGUCCAGCGUGGAUCCACGUCUAGCGGAGCGGACGAACUUGAACAGCGCCCAGCCCUAGAGAGACUCCCCGACGACGUGCUGCUGGAAGUGAUGCAGCACCUCGGCGCCGAGGACCUGCUCGCGUGCCGCCUCGUCUGCAGGACCCUGUGCCGGCUGGCGCUGCACCGCGACGCGUGGCGGAGCAAGACUCUGGUGUGCGACAGGGACGAACACAGGACCUGCUCUUUGCUCCGCCUGGCGCCGUGCCUGCGCGAGCUUCAACUCUACCUGUCGGCCAGUGAGACCGUGUGUGACCACAGUGUGGCCUGCGCGACCGCGUGUGAAGUUACUCAAGUUACCAUGAUCCUUGAGAGUGGGUCCGGUUUAGGCUACCAAGCCAUCCAACUAUUAAUUGGACUGGCCACCCCCGGCCGGUUGAAGACCGUAAAGGUUUUGCUCGCCACCGCCCUGGACAGAACGGAAGCGACCAUACUGUUUCUGGCAAUCCUGCGCACUCCGGGGCUGGAGGAAAUAACGAUAAAAGGCAGAAACAUUCGGCAGCCGAUGCUCAAGCCGAGCCCGGUGUACGAAGGCCUGAGCAGCUCACUUAGAACAUUCUGCCUGAAUGUGGAGGGCGUCGGGGAGUGGGCGCAGUUGGUCUUAUCCAUGCACGGCGAGACAUUGAAGAAGGUUGUGCUCGCCACCGCCCUGGUCGAAACGGAAGCGACCGCGGCGCCGUGCAACUUGACUCUGCAAAGCCUGCGCAGCGUGCAAGAGCUGACCGUACAACUCGACCCGAGGCUCCAGACCCUAGCGGAGCCCACGUCCCUGCAGGUUCUCUACCUCCUGGUGGACGGACGAGAGGCGGAGGAGCACUUCGCGGCCGCCGGAGAACUCUUCCUACGAGCGGCGAAUCUGCGGGAGGUGGCGAUGCUGGCCCUGCCGGAAAAAAGACUCGACGUACGUGCCGUAUUGCCCGGCCACUGCUCGCUGCUGGUUCGAGGGUUAGUCAGGGCCCGGGCGCAGAGUCUUGUGACGAAGCUGUCCCUCGUUCCAAAGAUCUCCUGGGAAGACUCAGCAGAGCUCCUGCAGCUCCCGCAGCACCCGUGGCUCCUGGCUCGGACCCUGCGCCAAGUGCGGCCCUGGCUGCCCGCGCUACGGCAGCUCUCCGUCGGCCGCUGGGUUUGGACUGCUCCCCAACGAGUUCCUGCCCUGACCGCCCGACCUCCCCGGCCCUGCGGAUCCGCACCGUGAUCGGCACCGCCCGAGAACUCCAGUGAGGAAUGUGAUAAAUGUGAUAAUAGUGAUAAACGUUAUAUGUACUGUAUGCAAGUGUAAGUUAUAAGUAUUGUGAUUUAUUAAA